AUACUGACUGGUGCCUGUCUUGACACGGUCUCCUGGCAACUUUUCCUAUAGGGCUGAAUGACAGCAGGAGCAGCCGGGUAAAUCGAUGAGCUUGCCUUGGGAGCCUAUAAAUAGGCAAAAUCGGAACACACAAUGGGUCAGAAGGUCACAGGUGGGAUAAAGACUGUGGAUAUGAGGGACCCUGUAUACAGGCCCUUGAAACAAGAACUCCAAGGACUCGACUACAGCAAACCCACGCGUCUGGACUUGCUACUGGAUAUGCCUCCUGUAUCAUAUGAAGUCCAGUUGUUGCAUUCCUGGAACAAUGAUGAUCGCUCGCUGAAUGUAUUUGUGAAAGAGGAUGACAAACUCAUAUUUCACCGGCAUCCGGUGGCUCAGAGUACAGAUGCCAUCAGAGGCAAAGUGGGCUAUACGCGAGGACUGCAUGUCUGGCAGAUCACGUGGGCGAUGAGGCAGCGCGGCACGCACGCUGUCGUUGGGGUGGCGACAGCAGAUGCCCCUUUGCAUUCAGUAGGGUACACGUCGCUUGUAGGAAAUAACCAUGAAUCUUGGGGGUGGGACCUUGGGCGUAACAGACUGUAUCACGAUGGCAAGAACCAGCCCAGUAAAACCUAUCCUGCCUUCUUAGAACCAGAUGAAACUUUCAUUGUGCCGGACUCCUUCCUGGUGGUUCUGGACAUGGAUGAUGGGACACUGAGCUUCAUUGUAGAUGGGCAAUACAUGGGUGUUGCAUUUCGGGGACUCAAAGGGAAAAAGCUAUAUCCAGUGGUAAGCGCGGUGUGGGGACACUGUGAAAUACGGAUGCGCUACUUGAAUGGACUUGACCCUGAACCACUGCCUUUGAUGGACUUGUGUCGGCGAGCUGUGAGGCUUGCUCUGGGCAAGGAGAGACUGAAUGAGAUCCCUACGCUGCCACUGCCCGCCUCCCUCAAGAGUUACCUGCUCUACCAAUGACCUUCGUCUUCAAGGAUAGAGAGUUGCAACCAAGGCAAAAGAUCUGGAGUUGACCCACUGUGCAAUGGGUUCUCCACCCUUGUGUCAUCGCUACUGUUGGAACUCCUUGGCCAAAGUAUUCCUGCCACUGCUUAAGUCUGCAUGUGCCUUUACUGGCAAGCUCUCAAGUAAUCUUUGUUUCACAGUUGAGUGUUUUGUUCUUUGGAAGCCACUUCCCCAGCACGCUUAAAGGAACAUUUACAGAAGCUCUGUGCUACCCUGCUUCUCCUGAGAAAAGGCUCUACUGCAUUCUUUGGGUUGUAGAGCCUGGGAGUGAAUGAUUUUUCUGUACCAGCGAAAGGGAAGAACAUGAUUUGGGGGAAGGGAGGGCAUUAGGAGUAGAAAUGAUAAGACCAGGUCCUAAGAAUGGAAAGGCAUGGGGUGGCCAGCAGAGUUGGGAAGAGGCUGGAAUACCAGGAAGAAUUAAUUGUUAAUUUUUGAAAAACCAAAAAAAAAAAACCCACCCCCAAACCC